UUGGAGCCCCAUUUGACGCGUCUCUAGCGCGAAACCCUGCACGCUCACCGUCCACGCUUUACUUUCGUCGUUCGUUCAUCGAAAGUCAUCAUGUAAUAUCGCAAGGUCUGAGAUGACCGAUAUGGUGUGGACUCGGAUCGAUAUCAGAAAGAUUUGCCCUUGAAUAAAGCUCGGAGCAACGAAGUCCUGAUAGCGUACGAAAUGAACGGAGAGCCCUUGGGGCGAAAGCGGGGUGUUCUAGUACGACUCGUUGUGCUGGACUGGUUUGGAACAAACAGCACCAAAUGGCUGUGCAAGAUGUCGUUGCGCAAAGGAAGAGCGCUAGAUCCCUACACGACGCGAUUCUACAAUACCGAGGACCAAGAUGAUCCUUAGUGCUGGAUGAAGCCAAUUUGGGGUGUCGAUAUUAAUUCGACUAUUGUUCACCAUACGACAGACACUAUCCUGCACAACUCAAAAGUGGACGUUGAAGGUUGGGCAUGGAGUCAUGGUGGCGUAGCAAAACUCAAAAUCAGCUUUACUGGUGGCGAUACUUGGUACGGAACGGAAUUGAAUCUUCGAGUUGACUUCCGCUGGCAGAAGUUCACGUUGCAGCUCGCCCUGGAAUCAUGUGAGCACAUGCUGGUGGCACUGGCGACUUCCAUUGGCAGCAAGUCGCAGGCCCUGGGCUGAAGAUGAAACCAUGCACACCUGGUCAACUUCAAAGUUGAA